AUGCAACACUUGUUUAUGCUAAUAGAGGAUUCGGAUUAUGCUUAUUGGAGUAGAAAAAAGGAUGAGUCAGAAGUUGGGAGAGAUAUUUUCUGGGAGCCAUUCAUAAUCAGUGAAGUUGUUGAAUAUGUUUUAUAUUGUGUUGAUUAUGGACAUCAAGUACAAGACAAACAAACAGAUAACUUUUGUUGGGGAUUGGAUAAGUUGAAACAGUUGUUUACUAAGCAAGGGUUAUGGCCACAAUUUAUUUUAACAGAUAGAUAUCUAGCUUUAAUAAAAGCAAUUGAAGCACCGAUACAAAAACUAUGGUAUAAACUUGUAAGGGCUAGUGAUGAGGUGGAGUAUCGUCAACAGUUGCAACAAUUUGAGCACACAUAUGUUGAUUUUAGAGACAUUUUUUACUAUGUGAAAGACACAUGGUUGACUCCUCAUAGGCAUAAAUUUGUUACAAUAUGGAUCAAUCAAGUGUUGCAUUUGGGAGACACCACGACUAAUAGGGUUGAGUUGGCGCAUUGGAAACUAAAGCAGAUGUUGGAGAACAACUUAGGUGAUAUGUGCAAAUGUUGGGAGGCUGUGAAUGGCAAUCUCAAGGUACAAUUGGGUAAUAUUAGAGCUUCAUUUUAG